AACAAUUUCGUCGGCUUUUACGCCAAAGAAUGUCAAAUAACUAAUAAAACAAUUGAUUUGCGAGAUAUGAAUGAAAUGACAAUAAUUACAUCAAAUGAUAUCCAAAUAAAAAGCGAGAAUACAGUGAGUGUUAUGUCAUUUGAAGAGUUCAGAGAAGUGUUACAACCGAUGGCCAGUUAUAGCGAUACUAUUACACCAAUGGGAAGCAAUAAUGGUGAGAGCCAACAACUAAGCCAACAACUAGGUAACAACUUUUACCAUAAUACUUUUGAUGAACUCGAUCAGAUAGGGAGGUGUGGGUUCGGCACUGUGUUUAAAGUGAGACAUAAAUGGGAUGGUUUUGUGUACGCGGUCAAAAAAGUCACCUACCCCGCUGAGGGAAGUAAUGGAUGUCAACAGCGAGUGCUGAAAGAGGCGCAACGUUUAGCAAAACUGAGCUCACAAUAUGUGGUAAAGUAUCACAUCUCGUGGCCCGAAGACAAUGUGCUAUACAUUCAGAUGGAGUAUUGCCCGCAAAGUAUGCGCUCAGUAUUGGCCGACAAAGGGUUGGCAUUUGGCCGCCAAUCGGCGGCCGAACCGAUGAACGCAUUCGAGUAUUUCAUUUCGUGUGAAAUAUUCAAAGAGCUCUUAGAAUGUGUUGAAUAUCUUCACGGAUUGAAACCACAAGUGAUUCAUCGGGAUCUUAAACCCGAGAAUAUAUUAAUCGAUACAAACUUUAGGCACAAUCGGUGCGUAAAACUGUGUGACUUUGGUUUGGCCACUGAACACAACCCGAGCCGACACACUGACACCCGAAACAUCCAUACAUUAGGUGCCGGCACUUUCGCAUAUAUGGCACCCGAAGUAUUUAACGACCCGAAGUAUAAUCACAAGUCAGACAUAUAUAGUGUCGGUGUAAUCGGGAAAGAGUUGUUUGGCAUUGAUUUUAAUGUCUCGCAAUCGUUUGAAGCAAAUGAAUUGGCAGUCAAGACAUGCAUACUAUGUAUGUCUCAAACGCUGGUGGAUAUGAUGGCAAUUGUGUGGAGACAAAGGCCUGAGUGUCGGGAAGUGUUGGCCAAACAUAACGAGUGGUCUAUCGAUAAUCGCGAAUCACAAGGAAUUCAAUUCAGUGUUAAAUACACUUAA